AUGAGAACGGCCUGGGACGCCUGGCCGACAUCGGACCUGGCGUCGUCCUACCCCCCGCGCGCGGCAACGAUCGGCCACCCGCUCACUCGCAGCAACACACGGCCUUCCUCGCCACCCCCACUACCAUCAGGUAUCGACCGGAGCUAUGCCCUCACUGCGCGUCUGGAGCGCAUGAACAGCCCUCCGCAGGCCGUCCUGCCCGUCGAGAUCAUUCGCAAGAUCAUCCAGGCAGCGCUCGUGCUACCGAAAGGCUAUCCAGACCGCAUCCCCCGAGUCGACGAACUGCCGACGCCGGCACCUUCCCCGAGCAUUCACGGCUCGUUCCCGACCGACCCCUUCCUCCCUACACGACGCUCUUCCGAUCUCGAUGACCGACCGACGUUCGCAGAGGGACACUGGGACCCUUCAUGGGACGAGUUCGGGGGACGUACAGCACGCAAGCUCGCAAAGGACCGGGACGACGCGCGGGUCCGUGUCGCCAAGACUGCACGCGCAAUGAUGCGCGUCUGUAGAACGUGGAAGCUCCUGGUUACACGAUAUUUGUACGCCGAGCCACAGCUCACCGGCGAGAACGUCGCACUUCUGGCGCACUCAGUCGUUACGGGCGACCGCAAGUGGAGCGACAUCAACCUACACCCGCACUCCGUGCCCGGUCGCUGGAUCACAACGCUGGACCUGAGCAGGCUAGAUCCUGGCGCUCUUUACCUUGGCGCAGAUGCUGCGGUUGUGACACAGGCUCUCGAGGCGCUGCUAGAGCUGACGCCGAGCGUUGUCCAUCUCCGCCUCCCACCCAGCGGCGUCUCGCUCACCGACCUCCGGCACAGUCCGUGCAUGCGCACAGUGCGCGCACUGGAGGGCGUGCAUCUCCGCAACUCGGCUGACGAGGAGGCUGCGAUUCGCCUACUCCGUGCGACGAAGGCACUCGAGGUGCUUGGUCUCGUCUGGGUUGGGAACCGGGCAGAGGAGGACGAGCAGCUCGACCUCGACGAGGAGGAGGAUGAGGCAGGACCACAGCUCUCGAUGGCCAAUCUGCACACUCUCACAUUCAAGAACGGCACGCCAGGACCACUGCUGUGCGCACUGACAUUGGCGAACUUGCCCCGUUUGACGCGCCUCGUGACAUCGCCCUACUCUCCUUCUCUGCUAGUUCAUAGCGACGACGCGAAGCGGGGCGGCGUACGCGCCUUCCAAGCUUGGCACGGGGACAAGAUCCGGAGUCUGACGUACGUCGCGGUUCCGGACUUCCCGCGCCGUGAUCUGCUCCCUCUUCCCGACACACUCUCCCUCCACCCAAACCUCGAGCACCUACACCUCGCGAUGCCGCAUCGGCUGCUGCACGACAGCGCCUCUCUGGCUCCGGCGCUGUUCAGCCGCCGUCUGUCCGUACUCUCCGUCCCGCGCUGGCCGCGUGUAACGCAAACAGACGCGAGUACAUCCCCUCACCACGCAGAGCCGCAAGAUGGGCGUCCCCAGGGCAACAACUUCCUGUUCUCGCUCGCCGAGUCGGGCCACAAGAAGGUCGAGAAAGUCGUUGUGGACGGGUUCACUUGGGUGCCCCCAUCUCUCGGCCGGUGGGCGGCCGACAGCGGCGACUGCGCCAUGAUGCGGCGCUGGGCGGCCUGGCUCUCUUCCCGCGGAAUCGAGUUGCUCGACCAGGACGGAGCUGGCAUACCAGCGUACGAGCGCGGCCGUGCUGAGCUCCGACGCCCGUCUGCUGGCGCUACGAGCGGACCGGUAAGAAGAGGAUCGGACGCAUACGCCCCCGCUGUCGUUCAGGUUGGCCGAGGGCGAGGCAAGGGCGCGAAAGGACGCCGUGUCAGUCUGGGGACGUACGGCCAGAGCGGGGGCAUGCCCGCGCGAACAAGGAGAGCAAUAGACGAGGACGGCGGCUAG